AGAAGAGGACCAGCUCGCCUGCAGAACUGAGUGAAACCCUGCUGCUUAGAAGAGUGAAGCUCACAGAUCCUGUCUCUACUCAUCAUAUACACAAAUUCAAGAGAUCCAGUCAUGGCUGCAGAAGCAAAGCACACUUGUUAUGAGGGCUGCUCGGUUAGCAGCUUCCAGUUCUACUUGGAGAAGUCAGGAGAGCAUGCAGCUGUUCUCAAGGGUGUCCAAACCAUUCUGCCUGGGGAGUUCAAAAGGAUUGGAGCAGGAAAAUCCAGCCUUGAUGUUCUUGGUGUUGGGAGUGGUGGAGGUGAGGUGGAUGUGCAGAUGCUCUCCUUGCUGAAAUCAACGUUCCCUGCUGUUCCCAUAACAAGCGACGUCGUGGAGGGUAGCUCGGCUCUCAUCAACAACUUCAAAGCUUUGGUUGCAAAGACUGCAGAUCUUCAGAACGUCUCGUUCUCCUGGCACAUCGUGCACAGUGAGGAGUAUGAGAAGCAAGUGAAAGCAAAAGGAGACGUGAAGAAAUUUGACUUCAUCCACAUGAUUCAGAUGAUCUACUACGUGGAUAACCUGUCUGAAACGAUCAAGUUCUUCCAUAGCCUUCUGAAAAACAAUGGUAGGCUCAUGAUCAUUGUUGAGUCUGGUUUCAGACAGCCCGGCUCUCUUUAUCACUCCCCAGGAUCAGCAAUUGCUCACCGACAGUCUCUCAGUGACGCCAUGCUGUAUCUCUUCAGAGCACAAAUAUGUGCCUUGCAAAUGCAAUAUACAAGCAAGGGAUGA